UACCCCAGAUAAUUCUCACUCAUUAUGUUUGUUGCUUAAAGCUCGUCCAGCUCUUCCUUCCUUAUCCUCUCUCUAACAUCAAUUCUCAAGGGAGGGAAUUCCAGGCACCCAAAAGAGAAACGAGAAACCAGAAAAAGGGUCUCUCUCUCUCCCCCCCCUCCUCUCCCUUAACACAGUCUCCUAUCCUCUACUCUAGUAAAUAUUCAAUCUUUUUCUCAUAGAAAAUAAAAACAGAAAGAAAAGAAGGAAAAAAGCCUUUGGAGAAAUUCCCACAUAUUAAUUUUCAUGCUAUCAUGGAAGGAGGUGAUGAUCAGCUCCAUCACUACCACCACAAACACCGCCCAAACUUCCCAUUCCAAUUACUGGAAAAGAAAGAAGACGAGCCUUGCUCGUCCUCUUCUCCUUACCCUUCUCUUCCCAUCUCCACUACCGAACCAGACAACGACAACAACAGCAACAAAACUAACGCAAACCUCUCUACCUCUAAUCUCCAAAUUGUUUCUGCAGAACAAUCGAAGAAACCCCCUCCAAAACGAACAUCAACAAAGGACAGACACACCAAGGUGGAUGGACGUGGCCGCAGAAUUCGCAUGCCAGCUCUCUGCGCUGCUAGGGUUUUUCAGCUCACUAAAGAACUUGGCCACAAAUCAGACGGUGAAACCGUCGAGUGGUUACUUCAACAAGCAGAACCAGCUGUGAUCGCUGCCACAGGCACCGGAACAAUCCCUGCUAAUUUCACUUCCCUUAACAUAUCCUUGCGCAGCUCAGGUUCAAGCAUGUCAAUUCCGUCUCAGCUAAGAUCAGGGAGUUUUAGCCCAAAUUUUUCACUGCAACAACGUAGUCGCAGUUUGUUUCCUGGAAUUGGGCUAGAGACCUCACAACCACCGACAUUUUUAAGUUUCCAAUCUAGUAACAAUCUGAACGCAAUGAUGCAAGCAAAGCAAGAAUUGCGAGACAAUUCUUCACUGGAGUUAUCAACGGAGACAGAAGAGAGUUUCAACAGGAAAAGAAGGCCCGAGCUAGAUUUAUCAUCAUCGCAACAGCAUCAGAUGGGAAGCUACCUGUUGCAAUCCAGUAGUGGGGCAGUUCCAGCUAGUCAUGGACAAAUUCCAGCAAAUUUUUGGAUGCUGGCUAAUUCCAAUAAUAAUCAAGUCAUGAGCGGAGAUCCUAUAUGGACAUUUCCUUCUGUUAAUAACAGUGGUUUGUACAGGAGCACCAUGUCUAGUGGGUUACAUUUUAUGAAUUUUCCUGCUCCUGUUACCUUAUUGCCUAGCCAGCAACUGGGGUCUACAAGUAUUGGUGGGUCUAGUGCUGGUAAUAGUGGGAUGAGUGAAUUAGGUCAUUUGAAUAUGCUAGCUGGAUUAAAUCCCUACCGGGCAUCCGGCAUAUCGGAAUCACAGGCGAGCGGGUCUCACUCACAUCAUGGUGGCGGUGGUGGAGGAAGCGAUGAUCGGCAUGAUACAACAAGUCAUCACUCAUAGAGAUUGAAAAAAAGCAUCAUCAUGAUCAUCAACCCUCCACUUGUGUAGUUUUUAUGUGUAGCACACGUGAGGUUUGAUUGUUCUUGAAAUAUUGGAGUUUUGUUUUCCUUAUCCUUGAAUUACUAUUCCAAUAUUUUUUUUUUGUGUGUGAUUAAAAUGGGGUUUUAGCUAGGGUUUGUGGGACUUAAAGACAGUACUAUUUUAAACAGGGUGUUGGGUUGGGUGGUGGUUUUAAUAAAAGGCCUCAUUUGGGUUUUUCAUUUCACUUAUUUAUUACUCCUCCAGAACAUCUAUCUCUCAUCAUCAUUGUUUGUGCAAUAUCUUUUAUUUUUUCUUUUCCUUUCUGGCCAAAGCUGCUGCUGCUGCUGCUGCUGCCUGUAAUACAAUUCAUGUGCUUUAAUGGUGUUGGAGAAAAUGACAUUUACACACACGCUAUUGUUGUUAUGCUGUAUGGAUGGUAAGUCUCCCACGUAGAUCGCAUACAUUGAGGUCUCUCUUUCCUUUUUCUCUAUAGAGAUUGGUGGUGAAAAGGCCUGGGUGUAUUCAAUUAAAUAAAUCGCUGUAAAAGGUUUGUCAAAGCUGGCGAGAGAGAUGAAAUUGACAACUUUGUUACUGCAAUGCAGUGUAGUGUUGCUUUUUCUCACAUUCUGAUUCCAAAUCUCUGCCAUGAAUCUCAAGGUUUUACUGCAUCAAUGAUUAAGAUUUUUUUUCAGAGAGAAGGGGGAGGGACCCAGACCUUAUCAGUUCCAGCUGUUGGCUCAGGUGGUGGGCCUAGAUGCCGGUCAUUGCCCGAACCAAUGUACAAUGUCACUGACAAAGAGGUGGAUCAUUCCUCUCUCUUUUUUUUUUAUGGCAAGUUCUACAAUGCCGCAGCCAUCGAAACCUUGACGCGUGGUGUUUCGUUUUUUAAAUCACACACAGCAUCAGGUUGCCGUUGCCAAAUAGGUAAGCCUCGGUAGAGUCCACCCACCAGCGGUGGUGCUCCCUAUCUUGAUGGCAUGAAUGCUUGCCAGCCUUCCUGGCUUAAUAAUUACUGACUGGGCUUCCAUGUGGUUGGAGACUAUUCUACUACAACCUUAAUUAAUUAUCUUUCAAACUAAAAAAAAAUUAAAAUAUAUCAUUUCCAUUUCCAUUACCAAAUCUAAUUCAUAACCACUUUGAAUCUAUUGAAUUUUCAAGAUUUUGAAUUGACAACCUAUCAUUCAUAACCCAAAACCAAAAGGCUUGUAGUUAGGCCCUCAACCUAUCUUUGACACACGCAGUAUUCACACAUACAUAUAUUUAUGUCAAUUCAUGAAACACAGCAGCCUUCCCCUAUUUUGCAAGCAUGCUGUGCAGAACCAUCCAAGAAAGCAGCUUCAAGGAAUUCGAGGUCAGGAGCAAAUGCCAUGCCAUGCCAGGGAAAGGAAAACCGGUCAAAGGAAGAAGAAUUCUUGGAGUUGGCGAAGGAGAAGGUUGUCCAAAGAGGAAACAGGCAUAUGAAUAUUAAAUGCCAGAAGUGACGGUGUGGAAAAAUGUUAGAGGCUGGAAAGUUAGAUGAAUGCAACACCGACUGUCAUGUCUAAUAUUGGACCUUUCAGGUAUGUGCCUGAUAGGGCAGCCAUAGGUGAAUCGAAUUAUGCCAUUAGUUUUUAAAUAUUAGAAUUUGUGGAAUCUCUCUCAGUUUUGUAUUAGUGUGUGAUGGAUGGAGAGAUGGUGAAGUCUAGUUUAUAGAACAAAAACGGAUUGAUGCUUUGAGUUUAAUAGAUAGAAUUAUAACCUGUUAAAUAAUCGGUAAGCAAAUUUCUUAUAA